AUGUCAGUUAAAACUUCCUUCAAUAAUUUUUUCGGACUCUUCAACUCCUGUUGCGCCUCUGGAAAUAACACAAAACAGGAAGCGUUUGACGAGGAUCUCGACGGUAAUACAUUCAUCAUAGUGCUUAGGCUAGUUAAACAAAAUUUUAAGGAGAAACUCCGGGACUAUCUUGAUGUCAUCGUAUUACUCGAGGUACUAUUCUUUUGGGACGGAACAAAGUUAUCAUGUACUUUACAUGUAAAUUGUGAAACCAGCCUCGUAAGAAUCGCCUGUGAUAAACAAGUAACUCUACACAUCUACCCAAUUAUCACAUAG